AUGUCAGACUCUUACACACUCUACUCCUACUUCCGAUCUUCAUGUUCAGCUCGCAUCAGAAUUGCCCUUAACGCCAAAGGAAUUCCGUAUGAGCUGGCCUUUGUCAAUCUUCUCAAAGACGAACAAUUAUCAGACAGUCACAAGUCUCGCAACCCCUCUGCAUCGGUCCCCGUCUUGGUAUGUCCCACAUCGAAGGACAGACACUUCCAGAUUGGUCAAUCUGUGGCUGCUCUUGAGUAUCUCGAAGAAAAGUACCCCGAAAAGCCCCUUCUUCCCCCGCUCUCUGACCCAGAGGCACGAGCUAUGGUACGAACCCUGGUCAACAUCAUCUGCGCGGACAUCCAACCCGUGACGAACCUCCGUAUCAUGCGUCGCAUCAGAGCAUUUGGCGCCAACGCAGAGGAAUGGAACUGCCAGCUCAUGACGGCUGGUUUGAAGGCUUAUGAGGAGGUGGCCAAGGAUACUGCUGGGAAGUGUUCUGUUGGAGAUGAGCUUACUUUGGCGGAUGCUUGUCUGAUUCCUGCUGUGUGGAACGCCGAGAGGUUUGGAGUUGACAUGUCUGCGUUUCCUACAAUUGGCAAAAUUGCGGAGAAUUUGAAGGAACAUCCUGCGAUUGUCAAGGCUCAUUGGCAGAAUCAGCCUGAUACACCUGAUAAUCUCAAGGGCUAG